CGAGGAGUCCGCGGGGAGGUGGAGACUCGCGCGCAGAGCGGGGGCCGCGGGAAGCGGGAAGGGAGCGUGGGGAGCCGCGGGGCCGGAGCCGGGGCCGGCCCAAGGGCGCCCUCGCCUCAGAGCCAGGCGUAGGGGCCGCGACGGAGGCGGAGGCCGGCGGCGCAGCGGGCGCCGAGAAGUUUGCGGCUGAGGGCCCGGCGUCCUGGGGUCGCGAGGCGGCGGCGCGGGGGCCGGGGCCAUGGGGGCGGGCGCGGAGGCGGCGCGGCGCGCACAGAGUCCCCCGUGCCGCACGGCCGCCGCGGCGCAAAGUUAGCCCAGCGCCCCAGGAAGAGCCCCGCAGCCGCGGCUGGCCCCGGACGCCGCCUCGGCAUGGGCGAGCACCCCAGCCCGGGCCCCGCAGUGGCCGCCUGCGCCGAGGCGGAGCGCAUCGAGGAGCUGGAACCCGAGGCGGAGGAGCGGCCGCCACCGGCGCCGGAGGACUUUGACCCUGGGAAAACGGGCUACAUCAGCACAGGCAAGUUCCGGAGCCUCCUGGAGAGCCACAGCUCCAAGCUGGACCCGCACAAGAGGGAGGUGCUCCUGGCUCUCGCCGACAGCCAGGCCAAUGGGCAGAUCUGCUACCAGGAUUUUGUCAACCUGAUGAGCAACAAGCGGUCCAACAGCUUCCGCCAGGCCAUCCUGCAGGGGAACCGUCGGCUCUGCAGCAAGGCCCUGCUGGAGGAGAAGGGGCUGAACCUCUCCCAGCGGCUGAUCCGCCACGUGGCCUACGAGACCCUGCCCCGGGAGAUUGACCGGAAGUGGUACUACGACAGCUACACCUGCUGCCCCCCGCCCUGGUUCAUGAUCACAGUCACACUGCUGGAGGUUGCCUUUUUCCUCUAUAAUGGGGUGUCGCUGGACCAAUUUGUGCUGCAGGUCACCCACCCACGAUACCUGAAGAACUCACUGGUUUACCAUCCACAGCUCCGAGCACAGGCUUGGCGUUACCUGACAUACAUCUUCAUGCAUGCAGGGAUAGAACAUCUGGGACUCAACGUGGUACUGCAGCUCCUGGUGGGGGUGCCCCUGGAAAUGGUGCACGGAGCAACCCGCAUCGGGCUUGUGUACGUGGCCGGCGUUGUGGCAGAACUGGUCAGGCAUGAAGUGUCAAUUCAAGCUGCUGCGAAUGGCUGUGGCCUUGAUCUGUAUGAGCAUGGAGUUUGGGCGGGCCGUGUGGCUGCGGUUCCACCCAUCAGCCUACCCCCCGUGCCCUCACCCGAGCUUCGUGGCGCACUUGGGUGGCGUGGCUGUGGGCAUCACCCUGGGCGUGGUGGUCCUGAGGAACUACGAGCAGAGGCUGCAGGACCAGUCGCUGUGGUGGAUUUUUGUGGCCAUGUACACCGUCUUCGUGCUGUUCGCUGUCUUCUGGAACAUCUUUGCCUACACCCUGCUGGACUUAAAGCUGCCGCCGCCCCCCUAAGGGACUGGAGGACCCUGGCAGGGGAGGGGAGGGAGACGCUGCAUCAGCGAGGAGCAGUUGCUUCUUUUUCUCAUCACCAGCGCAGUGAGGCCGGGAGGAGAGCACAGGAGGCGCUGGGCCCCUGUGAUAUUUGUAUUCAGAUUUGCACAGACAGUGGAGCCAUUUUUCUGAAAGGCACUUGCUGGAGGAGUUGGAUGUGGCUUCCAUAGUCUUUCUAGACUGUUCUGAAGACAUUGGGCCAGGUCAAAGGCCUGGGGUGGGGUGAGAGUGGCCAUGCGCUUGGGCUGGGUGUGUCCCAUGUGUUCAGGAGUCCCCUCCCUUGUCACAGAUUGGGCAGCAGCUUUCUCCCUCAUCCCCCACCCUGAGAGACCCUAAGAAUGAAGGAAAGCCUGAGGCCGUGGUGGCCAGGUGGGCCCUUGUCCAGCCCAGAGGUAAGUGCUGGCCAGGAAAUGAUCCCUCCAUAGCUGUUGGGUCUGGAGCUCCGGAGUAGAAAGGGGCCUGGGGAAGCCCAGGGCGUCCUUUCGUGCCUGUUGGUGGGCACUGGGGUGUGGCCUCUAGUGCCUGGGGUGGGCAGAGGAGGGAGAUUCUAUAACUCCAGGCCCCACCCUUUCCCUGGGGGUACCCAGCAAAAGGAACCCACGUAGGAGGGAAGAAUGAACUUCACCCCAAGUUCCGCCCUGGGGGAGGGCGUCACCUGUGGACUUCCCCCGGAGUGCUGAAGUCUCACGCCAGUGCCCCAGCAUCCCUGCCCUGCUUUACCUUUAGGGUCUUUUCCUUUCCUUCCAGUGCUCUGACCCCGCCGUGUGCCUGUCCUUUGCUUACAGAGACGAUGUUCAAGUAUGUGUGUGCGUGCGUGUUUGUGUGUGUGUGUGCAUGUGGUUUGGUGGGCAGAUGCACAUGUGAUGGGAAAAACAGUGUGAGGCCAGUUGGAGGCUGCAGAGGAGGCCCGGAGGGGCAGUGAGGGGGUGUGGGGGAGUCUGUGUGAGAAGAGGGAGGACACUGGGGUGGGGGUUGCUUCCCGAGGAUCCUUGCUUUGAGCAAAGCUGGCCCCUUCUUUCCCAUCCCCGUGCCUCCCACUUCCCAGGCACUUCCCUGAGAAUCGCUGACCAGUGGGAGACUAGCCGUGGGGGAGGGAGACCUGGAGCCCUUCUGGGGACCCUCAGGCUGCUGAGGUUUUCCUUGCCUUUGCCAGGUUCCAUUCUGAUUCCAAUCCAGAAUAGCCUUCCUUUCUGAGAAGAUUCUGUUCUGUCUCCCCUAGGAGGGAAGGGGCUUUGGGGGUGCAGGAGAGACUGGAGCAGGAAGGUUGAGGCCACGCGUUCUUCUGAGUCGGGGGCACAGGAGACUGCAGUGAAAGGAAUUCCGAUUCAGACAGAAAACUGCUUCUGGAGAAUUGUUGGGUACUUGGAUGAGUGUCAGAGGUGAGGGCAGCCUGCAGACUCAGGUGCUCAGAGUUGGAAGGGAACUUGGAGGUGAUCAAAUCCAGCCCCCUACCCAUUGCACAAGUGGGGAAACAAGGCCAAGGGAACGACCCUGAUGGGAGGGUGUGGGGAGGACACACUUGACAAACUCUGCCAUUCCUGCUCUGGAAACCACUGGCAGCUCAGGAGAACCACAGCCUGGGGGGCAGAGGGACUGGUCUGGGCAGGAAUGAGGGCAGGAGUUACCUCCUGCCAGCCACAUAUCUGUUGGAGCCCUUACGUAUACUGAGCUCCAGAGUCAGCCGGGCCAGGCAUUCGGGGAUCUUGGGCCACUGCGUCUUCUUGGCCCCAGUAAUCACCUGAACAUGAGCAGGGUUUUCCUACCCAGGGACACCCCCAUCACCCCCAGGCUAUACCAAGACUUUCCCUGUCUUUGCCCAACGAGAAACAGAUCGUCCUGGUCCCCGCACAUGGCUCUUGAGGUCACAGUGCACGUGUGCCAAUGCUGUGCCGAUGACAGCCAGCCCUGGGGGCUGGGCCCAGGUCUCCGGCUGAGCUGCACCAGUGGGGGCAUCUUGUCUGUGCCCUGCCAGCCUUUCUCUGCCCUACUGAGAGAAAGGUGUGCUGGAAGGGUCCACUUCUUAGGAGAGGGGGCUGAGAUGGAAUUGGGGCCAGGGAGACCUGGGUGAGGAUGGAGAAUGGGGCCUGGGCCGUGGGCUGCUGCCAUGCUAACCCUGAGUCAUGCUGUCCCCUUUUGGAGGGACAGGGGCAGCUGGUGCCAGAUCCUUCUCCUGGCACCCGAGAGUUUUGUCCAGUGCAGCCUGGAGAGGGGCUUUCCUCUCUCAGGGGUGAGAAGACUUUGAACCAGAAGGUUCUAGAAAGCCCUCAGAAAAGCACCCAGUUUUGUCAGGGCUUCAGAUGGAAGCCUGUUAUGGAGAAGGACUGCCUGAGGCAGAAGUCCCAUCUCCCAUCCUAUUAAGCCUGCCCUGCAAGGUCUGGGACAAGCUAAGGGAGCCUCCUCUACAGCUCAGGCCACCAGCCCCGGCUGCUCCCUGUCCAAAAGCAACCUUGAAGCCCACCUCCACCGCCCUCUCCCUGUAUCCCUGCCUAGUUGGGAAAACAGAGUUUCUGUGUUUUGGAGACAGCGCUACCUGUAUAUAUAUCUAAGGGGAGGCACUGUCAAACUCAGAUUUACUGCACAAACUGCUUUACCUAUAAACCGGCUCUAGGAAACAUGCUGAGAAGUCAGCAUAAGUCUUUCUAUGACGUCUAAGCAGGGCCACACAGUGGUGACAUCAGCCACUUCACAUGAUCCAGGUCUCCAGCUGAGGGCCAGGAGACAGCUGUUUGGUAAGGAAGGUUUACUCUUUGGGGCCUGGCUUGCUCCUCAGCAGGUCCCUUUGCGCCCAGCACCUGCCAGCACUCCAUCCCCAUCCACCCUCCUGCCUCAGCCAGUAUUCUCCACCCCUCAACCUCCCCUCCGAACCCCCGUGGCCAGCGUGCUGGGAAGCAGAGGGUGGAGUGAAUCUUGUAAAGGCUAGCCGGCCUUUCGUCCACUGGAUACAGAGAUUGAAAGCUGGGGGUUCCCUAGUCAGCAAGUCUAGACUCACUCCCUCCUCAAACGGAACAGGAAUCACAGAGACGGGCGGAAAGGGAAACAAACCUUCAAAGGAGAAAUUUCAUUUUAAUGACACCAUUAAUCACUCGUUUUUUAAUUAGGAAAAGGUCCCUAAUGAGACGCUUUUGCCAGCUAAUAGGAUUCUCCAUUUCCAUGAGAACCACUCUUGCCCAGAGGAUUAGGGGAGUCACUGCUUACCAAGCCAGGAUCCUCCCCCAGUGUCCAAUUUUGUUUGCAAAUAAUGCUGAUUCCCAGGUGCGGCGGACGCCCUUUCCUGGCAUCACUCGCGUUGCUCCCUGUGCUGGCUGGAAAGCGCCAACACUCCUCUGCCUUAAAAGACUGCCAGACACAGAUCUUACCCCCAGGACUUGAGUAAGUGGGAGAACACAACAAAACACAAGCUGCAAUGUUUGUUUCUAAGUAUUUUUGUAUUGUGUACAUUCUGUAUAUUUUUGUUGUAACAUAUUAUUUGAGCACAGAUACCAUUAAAGAUUCUUUUUUUUCUUUAA